CGGAGAUGAACUCUCUCUCCUCUUUUCUCCUCCUCCUCCUCCUACCGGCGUUAACCGUUGUUGGUCUCUCAACCACCGGCGCCGCCAUUACCACCAUCACCACCGUCGGAGUGACCUACGCCACUCCUGCCUCCGCCGCCGGAUCCAGCCCCAUCUCUCCGGACAGGAUCGCCGCGAAGGUCACCUCCAUGAGGAUUCCGGCGGUCAGGAUCCUGGAUUCCGAUCCUGCUCUGAUUCGCUCCUUUGCCUACACCAAUGUCUCCCUCCUUCUCUCCGUUCCAAAUCCUCUGGUUCCACUGCUCGCAACCAAUCGCUCCCUCGCCAUGCGUUGGGUCUAUCGCCAUGUGCUCCCCUUUCACCCUCGCUCGAGGAUCUCCAUGAUCUCCGUUGGAGACGAUAUUAUCUCUUAUUCGCCGGAUAUCUCGCAGUUCCUCCUCCGAGCGAUGCAGAACGUGUAUCAGUCUCUCCGUGAUCUCAGCAUCUACAAGGUUUCGGUCUCCACCACCUUCUCUUUCUUCAACACUAUCUCCACGACCUCCGCGCCGUCGACUGCUCGGUUCCAGCAGCCUAACGGAGAUUUCAUCAUCAGUCCUGUCCUCCAGUUCCUUGAGAUGACCAACUCGUCUUUCCUCAUCAACAUCUACCCCUACAACUUCUACCGCUCCAACUUCGAAAUUCCAAUCGGAUUCGCUUUGUUUCAGGAGCAUCCAUUCCUGUUCAGAGACGACCUGACCACCGGAGUCAGGUACCGUAACAUCUUCGAUAUAAUGAUUGAUUCGGUUAUUAGCGCCAUGGCUGUGAUGGGGCAUGAGAACCUCCCUGUGAUCGUGGCGGAGACGGGGUGGCCGUGCACGGGAACCGACGCGAGAGAAGUUGAUGCGACGGUGCUGUAUGCAGAGAUGUACCUGAAGGGAUUGAUAAAGCACCUGAGGUCAGGAAAUGGAACACCGUUGAGGAAAGAAGGUGUCGCUGAGGCAUACAUCUUUGAGCUAGUUGGCAGAGAACAGCAAGGGACACGGAACUGGGGGAUUCUGGAUCAGAAUAUGACCCAGAAGUAUAGAUUUGAGUUCUCUAAUGGCUGCAAGACGAGCAGAUUUAGAACAUAUCUGAUUGGGCUCUUAUUGGUGGUGGUGGUUUUGCGCCUGCUGAUGUAAACGAGAGGUAUGGCUCUGAUCACUAACGCU